AUGGCACUCUUGGCUGAGCUCGACUGCGGCGAGUCGUACAUUCAGCACGAGCGACAAGCCAAGCCCAAGCACGAGGACCCAGACUCGUGGUACAUCGAACACGGAGACCAAGACGCCGUCGCGGCUACAACGACCGCGGGCGGCGAGGACCCGACAAACACAUCCCCCACGCCGCCGGGUCCCACCAUGUCGGGCUCACCCGCGAACUGUCACAAAUGGGCUCUCGUGACGGACGGCUUGUCAUGCACUGACAUGGCAUCCGAGGCCGGAAUCUCUCUCGCGCAGUUCCUGGCCUGGAACCCGGCCGUGUCCUCGGACUGCCUGACGAACUACUGGCUGGGCGAGGCGUAUUGCGUCGGCGUUUCUGGCGAGUCUACCCCCGCGCCGGCGACGACCACGGCGGUGGCGACGACGACGUCGGUGACGCCUCCUGGGCCUACCAUGGGAGGCGAGCCGGACAACUGCAACAAAUGGGCUCUGGUGACGGACGGUCUGACCUGCACGGAUAUGGCGAGCCAGGCGGGGAUCACGUUGAGUCAGUUUUUGGCUUGGAACCCGGCUGUGAGCAGCGAUUGUUUGACAAAUUAUUGGCUGGGAGAGGCGUAUUGCGUCGGUGUUAGUGGCUAG